CAAGCAAUUUAAACUUUGCCGAAUUGCAAAGUCUUGGAUUUGCUCAUUUUGAGAUACCCUGUUGAAGAUUUUGGAGUGAUCUUGGCUCAGGUGCGGUAUCCAAUGCCCUGGUGAUAUUGCAUUGAAUUGAAUUUAAGUACCGCUUUGGCUUUUUCUGGGCCGUGUGGAUUGCUCGUGGUCCUCUUGGGGUGUUUAUUACUACUCGAUCCGUUGAAUUGAAACACUAAACUUGGAUAUUUGCGGUUUCUUUUUCCUGGUGUUUUACGGGUCAACCCGAGGAGUGAUAUGCAUAAGUCAAUACGAUGGAGAAGAAUUAGAAGAAACAAAUUUGAGCCUGUCCUAGUCUUUUUCCGAGGGUCUGGUCUUUGCUGAACUCCAGCAAAAGAGGAAAGCAAGAAGAGGAAAACCCUGCUCACUGAGAACCAGAUUUUAUCCAAUCCAAUGGGAACCACGAACAUGGAAGAGAUGAAGGAGAUUGAGAGAGUCCAGAGAGAAGAUCUAGAAGAGAAGAAUACUGAGACAGAGGAUUUGAAGAGAAUUGCACCCUGGAUGAGACAGAUAACAAUACGAGGGCUCAUUGCUAGCUUCCUUAUUGGUAUCGUAUACAGUGUGAUAGUCAUGAAGCUCAACCUCACAACCGGGCUAGUUCCCAACCUCAAUGUCUCGGCUGCUCUUCUUGCCUUUGUACUUGUUAGGUCGUGGACCAAGCUGCUUCAAAAGGCUGGAUUUGUUGCAACUCCAUUUAGUCGACAAGAGAAUACUAUAAUUCAAACCUGUGCGGUUGCUUGUUAUAGUAUUGCUGUUGGAGGAGGUUUUGGGUCAUAUCUGUUGGGUUUAAACAGGAAGACAUAUGAGCAAGCAGGCGUUGAUUCAGCAGGCAAUAAUCCGGGGAGCAUCAAGGAACCUGGGAUUGGUUGGAUGAUCGGUUUUCUCUUUGUGAGCAGCUUUGUUGGGCUUCUGGCAUUGGUUCCUCUAAGAAAGAUCAUGAUAAUUGACUACAAAUUGAGUUACCCAAGUGGAACUGCUACCGCUGUUCUGAUAAAUGGGUUUCAUACCCCUAAAGGAGACAAGAUAGCUAAGAAGCAGGUGCAUGGGUUUCUGAAAUUCUUUUCACUCAGUUUCCUCUGGGCUCUCUUCCAAUGGUUCUAUGCAGGUGGAGAUAGAUGUGGAUUUGCUCAGUUUCCUACAUUUGGUUUGAAAGCGUGGAAAAACUCAUUUUACUUUGAUUUCAGUAUGACUUACAUAGGAGCAGGAAUGAUCUGUUCACAUCUUGUAAACUUAUCUUUGCUCCUUGGAGCGGUGCUUUCUUGGGGGGUAAUGUGGCCACUAAUAGGCGGGCUCAAGGGAGAGUGGUUCCCUGCAACUUUACCAGAAAGCAGCAUGAAGAGUCUAAAUGGUUACAAGGUAUUUAUUUCUAUUGCUCUAAUCCUGGGGGAUGGGCUCUACAAUUUUCUGAGGAUUCUGUUUUUCACUGCCAGAAGCAUUCAUGUCAGAGUGAAAAAUAACAACAGCAAAACAUUUUCUGAUAGCGAGAAGCAUCAUGUGGAUGUUCUUCAGCGAAAUGAACUAUUCGUAAGAGAGAGCAUUCCUAUGUGGGUAGCAUGUUUAGUAUACACCCUUUUUUCUGUCAUCUCCAUCAUUGUGAUACCUUUGAUGUUCCCUGAACUAAAGUGGUAUUAUGUAGUUGUUGCUUACAUUCUUGCACCAUCUCUAAGCUUCUGCAAUGCUUAUGGUGCUGGUCUGACUGACAUGAACAUGGCCUAUAAUUAUGGAAAAGUAGCCCUCUUUGUGCUAGCUGCCUUGUCUGGAAAGGAAAAUGGUGUGGUUGCAGGACUUGUGGGCUGUGGUCUGAUUAAGUCCAUUGUUUCUAUCUCUUCUGAUUUGAUGCAUGAUUUCAAGACUGGUCAUCUAACUCUCACUUCUCCAAGAUCCAUGCUCCUCAGCCAGGCAAUUGGAACAGCCAUUGGCUGUGUUGUAGCUCCUCUUACAUUCUUUCUAUUCUAUAAAGCUUUUGAUGUGGGGAAUCCUGAUAGUGAAUACAAAGCCCCAUAUGCCCUCAUUUAUCGAAAUAUGGCAAUUCUUGGCGUUCAAGGCUUCUCUGCCCUUCCCCAGCAUUGCUUGCAGCUCUGCUAUGGGUUCUUUUCCUUCGCCAUAGCAGCCAACUUGUUGAGAGAUUUUACUCCCAAGAAUAUUGGGAAAUGGGUUCCCCUUCCAAUGGCUAUGGCCGUGCCUUUCCUAGUUGGUGCUUAUUUUGCAAUUGAUAUGUGUGUGGGGAGCUUGGUUGUGUUUGCAUGGCACAAGCUAAACGGCAAGAAGGCAGGUUUGAUGAUUCCUGCUGUUGCUUCUGGCUUGAUAUGCGGAGAUGGGUUGUGGCUUCUUCCUUCUUCUAUCCUUGCUUUGUUUAAGGUUCGUCCUCCUAUCUGCAUGAACUUUCUGGCAACAACAUAGGCUAUGUUAUGAGGACACAGAGAAAGAGAGACAUUGGAGAGGUUAUGUUAGUUACAGUUAGCAAAAAUUAAUCGCAGUUGAAAUGCAAAAUAGAUUACCGACCAGAAUACGGUUGAUACACCACUACACAAGGUGUGUAAAGGCAAAAUUUUAGAUAUAUGUAUUUAAGCUGCUCUAAAGUAAUACUUCGUAUAUGCCUGAAGUGGCAGGAAAAAUUAGUUAGCUGUGAUGUAUAUCAAAAGGUUGUAAUAAGAAAUCAGCUUAGAUGAUCAAUAAGGAUCAAUUCCAUGUAUGAUUUCCCAAGGUAAAGCAUCCUCUCUGUUAACUCACACAGUCAUUGACACAGUUUACUUGUCUUACUGGAUACAGUCUUCUUAAAGCAUUAAUAGUUGUCUUGUUUGUACUUCAAAAUAUGGAACAGCCCUUUGCUUAAUUAUAUAUACUUGUACCUGAAGAGCUGUA